AUGGGGCGACUCGCGAGUUGUCAGAUCAUGCCUUCGACGAGGAAAGAAAAGGAGGCGGAGGCGGUCGAGGAGGGCAGAAAACAUCAACAAGAGGGACUAAACGAGGUUACUAUCUUUACGGAGCAGGAAACCCAAACAUGGGGCUAUGGAACACGAACGGAGUCACACGCAACAAAGAAUGCAACGAUGCUGGUGGAAGCGGCUAUUUAACAAGAACAUCAAAGAGUGCUCAGAAGAAGAUUCGCGUCAACUUCGGGGUUAGCCACAGAGGCGCAGUACGCAGUCCUUACUAAAGAUCAAACAGUGAUAGCUCACC